GAUGUGUUUCAUUAUUUCCCAUUGGUCACAUUAGGCCUGUAAAUCCAGUAACACCAGAGACCAAUUACUGAUCGAAGCAAGGAGCUCUAAAGGUGAAACAUUAUUUUUCAGAUAUCCUACAUGCCUCGCGAUUUCGUUCAGAUUUAACUUGGCAGGUGCGAUGGGUUUUUUGCCAUGUCUGCCUUAUAAAGUUCUUGCUCGUGCAAAAUAACUUGUCAUUGAAACAAAUUUGAGUGGUUUCCAACGGAAAUACUUUACUACUUUACUGUCGAGACUAUGGUCAUUGGAGAAUAAAUAUUCCUUGGAUUGUUGGAGUAAUGAUGGCAUGCUAACAUUUGACAACGGAUGUCUCCGUUGAAUUCGUAAUUCACUCAACUCAUUCCAUUACUUCUACACAUUUGUUUUGUUGCAUCGGAAUAAAUUACCAUAGGGACAUUUCUUAAUUGCGUUAAUAUUUCUACAAAUUCAGCGGAAAAUGAAUCGAAAUUUCAUUUAAAGUUGUUACAGUGCACUUCUUUCGAUUUAUUUGAUAGCUACGCACUCUAUGGAAAUAUAUAUUGAUUUCAUUUUGUUUGCUUUAUUUUUCAUACUUGUGAAAACGUAAUCAAAUUUGAAUAGCGAAUUUGGAAGCGAAAUUCUGAAAGGCAAUUUAUUCAAGUACUUUCGUAUUUCAAUGGCGGGAACUAAUGAACUCGACAGGUUAUGCUUAGAUCUGAUUGUAUUACCCAUGUAGGAAUUAAAGGAAUGAUAAUUUUAACUAAUAAAGGGAUUCCUCCAGUCAAUUUCCAUUUGACGAUGCAUAUAACCCCUCGAUCUGUGAUGAGGAGUGAAAGGGACAUGUGUACUUUGAGUUAUAAUUUGCCUUGAUAAUUCCUAAGUUUAUAUUGAGACCUAAAAAGUUUGGUUACAAAAUCAAAAUUACGUACUUUAAGAGCGAAAUACAUUAUGUUUCUUUUCCUGGGGUUCAAAAUAAUGGACAGUCGCUAUUAAAGUGCAGAAGCUUCAAACCUUAAUCUUUAAACGAUUAAACUAUUCGCUGUUAAAACUAUAAUCUCUUAGCUCUUGGAAUAUUUAAUUAACCGCAGGUAAGAAUCAUUCAACACCCAUUUGGAUUAAAAUGAAAGAAUGUGCAAUUUAUUGAGAGCAGUUAGAUAACGCAUUAUUUGGUCUCAUUAAUAUGCUAGAUGAUCUGAUGUGUGAAAUUUGACGCAGGAUAAGACGUCGUGAAUUCAUUAGAUACCGGAAGACAAUUCAUCCGUAAAUUUCGUAAAGAUUACUGUCAUGAUUAUUCUAUGAUAGUCAUAAAUUUAUGCGUAACCCAUUGUGAUCGCCCGAUUACACCAAGGGUACUAUGAUGAUCAUGACUAUAGAAGGAAAAAGAGAUUCCAGCGUUUUCUCUAUCGCAGAGGUGACAAUCACAACCCAUGAACUGUCAACCUGUACGAGCCCUCUCUUUUCCUUUCCAGAGAGUUGCUAUGAGUCAUGUGGAUAAUAAGAGAAAGGUUUGAUGUCAAUAAUGGGUAUAAAUACCUAGCAAUGACUGAUAUUCGUCACUUAGGGAUCGGACAUGUUUUACCUGCUGGUCGUGAUCUUGGCCCCAUGCAGUUUCUUGUUUUGGUAGUCGUUUUAACAGGUGUAAUCCGAAUGUGCUUGAACAUGUGAGCAGAGAUGGGGCAAGUCUGUCCUAUUCUGACAACUAUUCUACUCCUCUACGCCUUUAACACGGUCGGUGAUAGUUUGGGGAUGGAGAUACUUGUGGAGGGUUUGAGCAGCAAUUAUUUUGAAACCACCAUCGUGCCUGUGAUCGACAUCGCCGUCGAACGCAUUAAUACCAUGGUGAAAAGGGGCGAGUAUAUGAAUUUUACCAUCGUUUUUCAUCAUUAUAGCUACACGUGUGAGCAUGUUUACCCAUCGCUCGGGGCUUCGCUAGCUGCAAAGUACUACCACACCAAAAAAGUGGCCGCUUUCAUGGGGCCGACUUGUAACUCGGCCAUGGAAAACGUGGCCAUACUGUGUUCCGCCUGGAACUUACCUGUCCUUUCGGGUAUGUCCCCUGGAUUCAUGCUGGGGGAUAAGGACAAAUUUCACACUCUGACGCGAACAUCGUCGCUGGCCGAACACUUCGCAAGAGCUGUGGAAUCCGCUAUGUACUAUUUCAACUGGCACAUGAUCAUCUGGAUCAACCAAUCAGAGGAGGGCUACUGGGGAGCUAUCACAGAAGGUCUGAGGGAUCAUCAUGCCCAACUUUUCAAGGAAGGUUUCGAUUUCGUGGAAAUUAAAAGCUGGGAGUUUGAUGACACCAAAGACAUUCUGGAACAUGCCAUGACGAAAGGAAGGGUCAUCUUCUUGGCAGUUGAUGGAGACACUUUACGUUCUAUCAUGCUCAAUGCGUACGAUUUGAACCUCCUUAACGGAAAAUAUGCUUUCAUUAACAUCAUCCCGUUCCGUGAUGUCGAUAUCUUCGGCAACGAUUCCUGGGAAAGGGGAGAUGGUCGCGAUGAUCAGGCAAAGCAAGCCUACGAAGCUCUGAUGACGAUUCGGGUAUUCGAACCAACCUCCUCUGUUUAUAAAGAUUUUGAGAAGGAGGUUAUUUUGAGACGAGAGAUGAACUAUAAUAUCACAAUGGAUCACGAUCAAAGCUCGCAUAUAUUUCUAGCGUCAGCAUUCUAUGACGUCAUGAUCCUGUACUCAUUAGCAAUCAACGAAACGUUAGCGGAAGGAGGAGACGUAUACGAUGGUCACGCCGUGACACAUAGGAUGUGGAAUAGAACAUUCGAAGGGCUAUAUGGACAGGUUGUGAUUAAUGAAAAUGGUGAUCGUGAUUCUGAAUACACCCUAUGGGAUAUGACAGAUACGGAAAAUGGUACUUUCGAGAUUGUUGGUAACUUUUACGUAACGGCGACGGGACUUCGCUACACUCCGACUCCUAACAGAACAAUUUUAUGGCCAGGGGAGCCACGUCCCCUCCGCUGGAUAGCCCCUUCUGUGGAUUUUUCAAUGAGAACCCCGAAUGUCAAGAUAAAGAUUCCCGAUUUCUAG